AUGGAUGCCUCCAAUGUGGCUAAUCAGUCGGAGAGUCCUAUUACUCCGUUAGCAUCAACCGAUGUCGGUGACCAGAUCGAGCUAGCAGAUCAGGCCGACGUCCAAGAAGCCGCAAAAUUAGAAGGGAACAAUAGUACAGUUUUUAUAAGUAACAUGGAUCGUGAUAUUUUCAAUGCUGCAAAACAAGGCAAUCUCAAUGUCCUUAAGGAACAUGGCGAGAAUCUGGACAAAAUAUUGACUGCAACCAAGAACACAGUCCUUCAUAUCUAUACAGCAUGCUAUAGGCGCCCAACGUUCAAAGAAUCUGAGGACGAGAUACUCAAGUCAACGAACACUGUGGACGGUAUCCUUAAAAUGUGUCCAGCAUUACUAUGGCAGCAGAACGAUAGUGGUGAUACUGCCCUACACAUUGCGGCAAGAUAUGGGCGUGCUGGUAUAGUUAGAGCUCUCCUCCUAGCUACAAAAACUUAUUAUCAAGGUGACCUUGAGCAAGGCUGUGCGAUCUCAUCAGAAGAUGCCGCCUUGCAGGAGCAAAAACUCAUCAGGAAAACCAACAACAAGAAGGACACAGCGCUGCACGAAGCUGUACGCUUUAAUUACUUUGGUGUGGUGGAGGUAUUAACCAAAGAAGACCCUGAGUUUUCCUACUCUCCUAAUGAUGCCGGCGAGACUCCUCUUUACCUAGCUGUCGAGAGGGGAUACACUCAUUAUUGUCUUCAAAUACUUGAAGGUUGCAAAAAUCCAACUUAUGAAGGCCCAAAUGGUAGAACGGCUUUGUACGCUGCAAUUAUCCGCAAUGAUGAAGUAAUGACGAGAGCAUUACUAAAAUCGGAUAGAACUCUGGCAAAAGCAGCAGACGAACAAGGAGGCAUUCCGCUUCACAUGGCUGCAGAUUUUGGUUACUUGUCAAUGGUUAAGCAACUAUUGGAAUGUGAUAAAUCGACCGCCUACGUUGCUGACAAUGAUGGGCGCACAGCUCUUCACUUUGCAGCGUCCAAAGGCCAUCUAGAUAUAAUGAAAGAGCUUCUUACUCAUUGCCCUGAUUGUUGUGAACUGGUCGACAACCAAUGUCAGAAUGUGCUUCACUAUGCCAUAAAGAGCUAUCAAGUUGACGUAGUUGAUUUUGUGUUAACGGAUCUGUGGCUUAGCAACAUCCUCUUAAAUGACAAGGAUGCUAAUGGCAAUGCACCUCUUCAUUACCUUGCUCAUUAUCCCAAACACCGCUACGCGGCUUAUGAUUCUAUACUUGAUGCUAAAAUUGAUAUAAUGUCAUUCAACAAGAAAAAUUUAAACGUUUUCGACACCAUUCUAGCUAAUGAGGACAACAUAAGCAACGCACUUGAGCUGUCUGGGACUACUUAG